AUGUCUGAAGUUGGAGAAGGUGAAGGGUCCGCGGAGCAUCGGACCGUCCAAGAAGAAGUGGCGCGCCUGGAGGCUGAACGGCUUCGCAAGACGGGUGAGGCAACGGGACGAGCCUACGUGAAGGAUGAGCCGGAGGAAGUGCCCACUCAUAGCCCGAGCGGGUUCGUUCCGGUGUACACCGAGACGGAGAGGCGGCUGCUGAACCCGCCCAUGUACGGGUGGUGUGUUGGGGCGCGGCCUGGCGCCUACGGUGGGUGGGGCACGGUCGUGAAGACUGAGCCAAAAGUCAAGCAGCAAGUCAAGGUGGAGCCGAGCAAGACGGUGGCUCGUGCCAAGACUCCGGCCCCGGGCGCGGCGCCUGCAGCCAAGAAAUCGUCGACCCCUGUGGACCACGGUGGACCAAACCGCGCCUCGGCUGACAUGUCGUCGAUGGUGUCCACCGUGAUGAAGGUGUCGGUGUUCUACUCGGACACGGCGACGAUGGAGAAGGCUCGUGACUUGAGUGAUGAAGGAGAGGAUCUCGCGGUAAGGAUCGACGACUUGGAACACGAGACGAUCUACGAGGACUUGGCCGUCUCGGCGGCCGACGUGAAGACCAGUGGAAUGGAGAAGGCCAAGCCGGCUGAGUUGAAGACCGAGCCAAUCGAGGAGAACGUGCCCGAGUUGCCGCGCGAGAAGAAGAACCCGGACGAGUUGCCGGAAGUCGCGUCGCUAAUGAAGCCCGAGAACAGCAUACGGGUGGUCUACGGCUCUCCGUUGGAGGCCGCCGCCGAUCCGAUGGCGCGCCUCUGGCUGACUGCGUUUGACGACGAAGGCCUCUCUGAGGAGGUGCGAAUGGUCGUCGAGUCGGCCGUGGCCGAGCACGUCGUGCGGCCGCCGGACGAUCCUGGAGGGGCUGUCGCCGUGGUCGAAGCGGUACCUAUCCUGAGUGAAGUGCGAGGCGUGGACCCGAAGGUCGCGCGUGCGGUGGCAAGGCAAGCAGUGUUCCGCUUCCUGAAGGAGGCUAGAGACUAUGGAGACCGGGCGUGUGAGGUGCGCAAACCUCCCGACAGUGAAGAGGUGACGGUGGAAGUCCCUCCGCUGCGUGACAAGGUUUCGGAGUACGAUGAAGAACGGCUUCUGCAGCACGUUGACCGUGUCAAGGAGUUGAUGAUCGUGACGGCUCGCUCUGGUGAGCGCUUAUGUUUCUGGAUGAGGACCUACUAUGACAACAACUCUCAAAGGAUUUGGAUGGAGCUGUGGACCCGUACGGGGCGGUCGAAGACGCUGAGUGCUAGGCGUCGCCGUCGUCGUCACCCUGGCAAGGCGGUCACGUUUGCUUUUUCGUCGCUUUACAAGCCGUAUGCCGAGGUGAUCGACGACUUGGAGCUUUUCCCUGAGCGUGACAAGGAAGCUUCGCACUACGUUGAAGUGGUGAGGUGCGAGCGUCCCGCUCGAACGCCACUGCAGAAGACUGGCCUGGUGGACGUUGUCACGGUGAACCUACCGAAUGGUUUCGGAGUCUACGAUGAUGAGGAUGCUGAGGCCUCUACCAAUACAAUAUGA